AUGUCCCAGAACCUAAUUUUUAGGUACCUUCAAAAUCGCUCCAGAAUCCAGGUGUGGCUGUACGAGCAGGUCAACAUGCGGAUAGAGGGCUGCAUUAUUGGUUUUGAUGAGUACAUGAACCUGGUGCUGGAUGAUGCUGAGGAAGUCCACAUGAAGACCAAGAACAGAAAGCCUCUGGGUGAGUUAACAUUGUAUUAUGCCAUGUUUUUAGUUUUUCCUGUAUAA